AUGCGCUGGCCGUCGGCCUCGAGGCGGCAUCCAGCCGUGUGGAGGUGCGGAGCGGCGCGUCGGGGACGAGCUCCGGCGCCUCUCUCCGCAGCGGCGCCGUCGGACGCAGAGGCCAGUAGCCAGAGGGCCCAGUGGUGGCCCGAGGAGGCGGCGGAGGGCGCGGUGCGCCCCGCGCGGCUGGACUUGUCAGUGGCGCCGAGGUUGGCCCAGUCACGAGACCAAGCGCUGCGGCGCUCGACAGCGGUGCCGAGGCGGGCCCCGGCCGCGCCCCCGCCUCCUCCCCUACGGCGCUUGGCAGCGGCGCCGUGGUGGAUCCGGGCGGCUCCCCUGGGGGAACUGGUGGGACCAGCGCAGCGGCACUUGACAGCAGCACCGUUUCUGGCCGAGGUCUCCAGCGGUAGCAGUCCUGAGGAUCGCGCCGUCUAUCAUCUCGGUCUUGGUCCCGAUGAUGUCGGGUGGCCUCGCUGA